AUGUUAAUUGCAAGGACGAUAAACCGUGUAAAAAUGAACGGUCUUCGGCAAUGGCUGGCUGCGGCGACUCUUCAUCUGCUACUGCUGAGUGCUGGAUGUCAAAAGCAUCAUCGUCACUCCAUGGCUCAAGGGAACUUACCACCUUCAAAAGGCGGUUGGAGACCAGUAGUUGGAUCAGGCGGCCUGCUAUACGGAUCAUAUGGCACAGCUCCACUUCAUGCACCAUCUUAUAAAUUGCCCGCCUAUGACCAAUACCCGUCCUCAACACGGCCAAUAGCGACCAGGGACGCCGCUAAGCUGACCUCAAUAGCACAAUCCUAUCGUCCAACUACGCUUAGGACCACUGCAUCAGUUUCUCCUGGGAACCACCCAAUCAACUCCUACUACAACCCGUUCGCCCUCCCUAACAAUGGGGCCACGCAAUUCAAAUACGUUCAAAAUUUUCCCAUCGAUAGCUAUUUCGUAAGAAACACUCAUAACUCUUUCGGACAUCACCAACAGCAACAAAGAUAUCCGUCACAACAGCAGCAGCAACACAAUAAUUUGCUGCAACAACUAACUAGCAUACAACCCAUACAUUUCGGACAAUACCAGACACAAAAACCGCAGGAUCAAUUCGGAAAACCGGUUGACUCAUAUGGCAGGCCAGUAGAAGGCAGUAAGAAACCUCAGACUGUCACGGAGAUUUUCAAACCUGAAGUUUAUAAGUUGCCGAACAGUAACACGGUUCAGAAACAAGAGGUCAAGACUGCCCAGCAGCAAACCUUCGCCGGUAACAACGUGAACCCGCUCGCCAAUUAUGCUUUUCAAGAUAGCGCACUACCGCCAAGCAUUUUAGGAUCAUUUGGAUCCUUUGGUGUGCAGUCAGUGAAAGGAAGAGAUCCUGUGUUUCCGUCAACGAAAACAGCUUUCGUACCACCUCAACCGACUAAGCAAACUGUUUUUAACUCUUUUAGCUAUAACUCAAAUUAUUUUAAAUCGACCCCAAGCCAAUUUUCAGCUACUACACCCAAAGUACAAACGACCCAAAAUCGCUUCCAAUUCGGAUCAGCAGUGAACGAUUUCCGAAAUACACCCACACCGCAGACUAAGGUAGCAAAUCCACCUAAAAUAGAUCCUAAUGCCAACGGCAAAGGCAUAUUUAAGCCAAGUCCACAGGACCCAUUUAUUAAGGCUUAUCAAAACCUGGACUUAAAUAAAAUCUCAACCUACAAUCCUGUUAUUCCAACAACUACGUUAGCUAAUUCUUUCUAUUUUUCAUCCAAUCAUAACGCGCCAAGUCAGCACUCCCAAAAUCAACUGAACGCACAAAUACAAAACUACCAAAAUCAACAGAAUCAGAACUAUAACUAUGAAAAUAAGAAAAUAAAACUACAUGACAGUUUGACAGCAGGUGUAAAUCAACAAACUUCACAACAAUAUGCUGAGCCACCAAGAACUCAACUCCAAGAAACUCCAUCUUUAUCACACCAAGGUCACUAUGAAGUUACUGAAAAUCACAACGAUUUCAUUACCCAUUCACCUGCUUGGGCCUCAUCCCCUGAACAAUAUCAAAACAGCCUAAAGACGAGUGAAGAGACGGUUCCGAAAGAAGAAAACGUCUAUUCGACGUUCCGACACUCAACAACGCCGAUUCCUGAAGUUACAGAACAAUUUGUUAUAGUAACCGAAAGCGAAAAAGGCUAUGAAAACUCUUUGAUUUACGACGGUCAAGUCGAUUCUCAAAGUAGACGGCCGUUAGAAGAAGAUUUUGAACCAAUUGAGAAGAAUAAACUCAAAGAUUAUUAUUACAAAGUCUCCACGCCUUCAUAUGGGGAUCAUACGCAUGCAAGGCGAACGAAAAAACCAACUGAAGCAUCUAAUAUUUUCCAGUCAGAAGCAACAACUAACAAUAGCGUUGAUAAAGAAAACAAUGACAUACCAGUAGAGGCUCUACCUACGCUUCCUCCAAAUAAACAUUUUAAACGUCCAAGUACACCAGAGCCACUUGACAAAGACAGAAUUCGCAAAAGGAAUAAAUUGAGGAGACGGCGUCCAGGUUUUGCAAAUAAUAAUCGCAACAAAGGAGAAACAACUACUCGUAAAUUCGAACAGUCAUCAUCAGAACCAACGCUAACCACUACCGUAACGGAAGAAAUUUAUACAAUAAGACCGAGAGUCAGACCAUCACAGCAAGAGCAAAGUCAAACAACACCUAGUGUCACCACAGAUUUUACAACUAGCGCAUUGCCAACUAUAUCGCCAACGAUACCAUCGAUUGUAAGGAGAAAAAUCGGGCACCGUCGUAAGCCAACAACGCCAGCUGACAGAAUUGAAACGACAACCGUAUCGUUCAGAGACUACGACAGUAACAAUGAAUCUCCAAUAAUGAAAAUAUCAUCUCGUCCGCAGUUAUCCAAAUUAACAUCGAGUAUGUAUGAACAUAAAGCUAACGAUAUACCAGACUAUACCCACAAGCAAGAUGAAAAAGAUACACCAACAAGCGACGUAUCAGUAAGUCUUACAGACUCACUUAAAACAUCAGCUGAAGAACACAAAGAAUUUUCAUUCCAUAGAGAUGUAAAACCUGUACACAUUAAAGAAACAACUACAGACUACUUAAAGGAGAGCAACGAAUACAGUUUUGAUGAAACAACAACGCCGCGCUCAGAAACAACUUCAGGAACACCAAACAGACUUAGACUAAGGAACAAAUUAGACCGACCAAAAUUUAGCAUUAGAGAUUACAGGAGUCGGUUAAGUAGCACCACUAGUACCACUGAGAAAUCGGUUGAAAACACGCCUAAAGUAAGGUUUCCUCAAAGAAAUGCACCGUAUAAUGAAAAUUCUAAUAACGAAAAUGAUAAAGUCGGGGACAUUAGGAAACGAUUCACGCCAAAGGAUCCAAGACACAAAUUUAAUAAAACUGAAAACAAUGAGCAGAUAGAAAUGGAGAUACAUUCAACGCGACAAUCGGGAAGACAAAGACAGACAACAGUGGAAAGCGAACCUACAACACAUAAAAUAUCAUCACGCAUUCGCAACGGAACUCGGAGACAUUCAACUGAAGAAUCUACCGGAACUUCAAGCCCCACUACAGUUUACAAUAAAAGACCAUUACGUAAGAAGAUCAAGGAUUCCGAAACAGGCGAGUCCGUACAAGAUAUAAGCGUAACAGAAACCACAGUCAACUACGAUCAAAAAAAUGAAAUGACAUCAGAAAGAACUCGAUCUGAGAGCGCUAUAAUGAAAAUAGCUGAUAAGAAGCAUCACGAUAACAUAGAGCAUCUAUUUGAGCACUCUAAACGUGUAUCUGACCUGACAUUAGCGGCUAGUCAAGAUUACAACAACCCAGGCAUGUUUAAGACAGUUUCUGGAAACAGUAGACGUAUACCCAAUUACUUUACGAUAGCCACAGAUGACCCCAUCCUUCCAAUAGAAGCGUUCUUUCCUCAACUGAACCAGAAGAAGGAAUCGUAA